UCACCGGGACGAUGUGAUUUUGGUGUUUGGGACCAGCGCGCAUGAUAAUAACAGAGUGGCCAUCUUUUUUUUAAGUUAGGGAUAUUUAUUUUAAGUCGUUUGUUGAGUAUGAGUUACAGGAGUGGAGAGAUGGACUGGCGGUGGACAGUUUUCGCACUGUUUUUGAACUUUCAGCUCACUUACGGGUCUCCCUCCUCUUAUGACUUGUUCCAGGGGUCUGCAUACACUGGAGUGGUGCACAGACACAGGAAUAGGAACUGGUGUGCCUAUGUGGUGCGCAGGAACGUGAGCUGCGCCGUGCAGGGGAGUGUGGAGAGCUUCCAGGAGCCCGUAGUGGCCCCCUGCCCAGCCUACCAGCCCAACUGCCAGCAACAAGUGACAUACCAAAAUCGGUUUCGACCCACAUACAAGAUUGCCUUCAAGACAGUCACAGAGUUAGAGUGGAGAUGCUGUCCUGGUUACCAAGGUCUGGACUGUAAAGAUCUGAAACCACCCCCAGACCGACAAACAGUUCAGGGAAUACAACCUUACCUCCCACCAAAUCCUGGACAUACAACCAGACACACACAGAGGCCAGAGCGGAGAGAGACAGGGCACCAUGAGACGAGGCACGGUGGGACAGAUAAGGUGCAUCUUCUGGAAGGGGAAGUUCAGCGCCUGUCUCAAACAGUCCUGGAUCUCCAGUCAGCUUUGACAGGCUUAGCUGGAAGCCUCCGCACAGACCUGCAGGAAGACACAAAGAAGAUGCUGGUGACACUUCUCAACAACAUGCGUCCACCAGACUCUGCAGCAGCUGCAGGCACGGAGGAGAGCCCGGCAGUGCUGGACGGUCAUCAGGCAACUAGAGGUGGGACUGCUGGAGACAAGGCUAUAGAAAAAAUAGUAGCCCGGUUGGAUGAUAUAGACAGUGCGCUGAAAAGCAAGGACAAUGCUUUGGAGGACCUAAGAGGAACUAUGACAAGUCAUGAGGGGCAGAUCCGUGUCCUGAUGGAUGCCUCACAAUCUCAGACUCCAGCCAUAGCUGAGUUUGAUGUCAUACAGACCUACAUUGAUGGAAAAUUUGAAAAGCUGAAGAAAGAGCUCGACCAGAAUGUGGAGGAGCAGAUGGCUAAGCUACAAAGCUCAUACAAUGACAAGAUCCAGACCUUGCAGAAGACCUGUGAAGACUGCAGCGACCAAGGUUUGGUCAGCCUGACCAAGCUGGUUAAUACCAAGGAGGCAGAUCUGAGAAAGGAGAUCCGGACACUGCGUCUGGACAUGGUCGCUGCAGAUGGGCCUGUACGAACUCAAAGGCAGACUGAUCCAUCCAAACCAGAAGAGGAUCGUAGUGACCACAAAGACCUGUGGCGUGAGAUCGACCGUAUUGCAGAGGCUCAUCGCAUCCUCAAUGUUCGCAUUGACAAUGAGCUGGCACACCUAUCUGCACCUCACGACGACAAUGAUUUCAGCCUACGGAUCGAAGAGCUGGAGGCACGCAUAAAUAUAACAGAGGAAAAUGCAGAGAGUCACUGUUUCUAUAUUGAAGAGAAGCUGACACGUACGAUUGCUGAUGAAGUGGCAGCACUGCGACAGCUUCUGGAUGAACGUCUGAACAGCAUGGAAGACCAGUUUACGAACAUGCUGGUGGAGAUUAGCAACAACUCCUUCCCUGGGAUGUUUAGUGACUCCAUAGAUGCCAUCCAGACAGAAGUCAACAACAAUAAGUACCUCCUCCAAGGUUUGGAUGAUAAGGUCAACACUGUUGGAGAGCUGUGCUCUGCAGGAUGCUCAGCUUCAGGAAUUUCUGUAGGUGCAGUGAGUUCAUUACCCACACCUAAAAGCCUAGAAAACAUUUUGAAAGACCUGAGUCGGUAUAGGAAUGACUUGGACAUUCUUCAUACAGACGUCAAUGCCAACAAAGGCAAGCUCCGGCAACUUGAAGACCAUGUCGAAAGGCAGUCAGCCGCAAACGAUAGACGUGCGAAGACGAUGGACGACUUCCAGAAGGGACUGAUUAAUCUUCAAGAUAAUGUGCUUGGUCUGGCAGGUGCUGUCACUGGGUUAAGCGAUUCCUUGAGCAAAUACAACCAGGAUAUGCACAGAAUAAACUCGACAUGCUGCCACGCCGGGCAGAGUGGCACUGGGAGUCCAGCACGGGACGACCGGGCAUCAGUCAUUGCAGUACCCAGUAAUCGGGACGAUGACACACGACGUCAGGUGGAGGAUCUGAGGAGCAGGCUUGCUACGCUCAGUGAACAGGUGUCAUCUGAACUGAGUCAGUGUAAACAGAACACACAAGGUGUUUCUGAUAACGUUUCUGCUGUCGAUGGACGCGUGACCAGACUUGAAAAGGUGUGUGGGAGGUUAGAUGGGGUCUCUGCCAAUAUCAAAGAGUUGAAAGAUGGACUGGAGAGACAUGUCGGCGGUCUGCGGGACUGUGUGUACAGGAUGAACAUCACCUGUGGGAAUCAUGGCGCAGACAUCGUCACACUGCAGAAUUCCUUGCAGAGGGUCCAGGGACAGCUGUCUGCAAUGGCCAAACAUGUUUUUAAAGACGUCACAGCCAAAGAGCCAGGAACGACCUUGAGACUGGAGAGGCCUGCUUCUUUGCCAGAUUCAACUCCCCCCAGAACCAGAAUCCAACAAAUCCACAUCCCUCUCAUCAUCCCGCCGCCGCCCUCCAGCCCAAGGCAGCCGCACAGCCCCAGCCAGCCGGUGCAGCCCAACACGCACACGAUCAACAUCAGUCCGCCAAGGCAGCCGUCCAGCCCCCAGCUACCCGGCCACCCCUCUAUCCCCCUGGUUCCCAUAAGGCCGGUGGUGGAGACGGGCGAGGCAGGACCUCCGGGGUACAUCCGCAGGGUGACUGUGCGAAGAGGGUCUGAGGAUUCCUCCAGCAUGCCUGUCAAAGGAUUUGCUGGAGCACCAGGCUAUCCUCCCCUGCAGCCUGCCUCGUUCAAGCCUCAGUCGACCAGUCGCCAAGUUCCUGUAGCAGCAAAGGUGCCCUGGAACCCGAUGUAUCAAGCUCCGGUUCAGUCACCAGUUUCAGCGAUCAACAGCGACUUUGCAGAUCCCUUCUCCUUCUCCGCCGGCCUCACACAGCAGGCCCUCUCUGGAGACUUCGGCGUCAUCCGCUUCAACAGAGUUCUAGUCAAUGAUGGUGGACACUACAAUCCACACACAGGGAUCUUCACUGUCCCUCUGGAUGGCCGAUACCUGAUCUCAGGACUGCUGACUGCCAGGCAGGGUGACCGCAUAGAGGCCGUCCUGUCCGUGUCUAACCGCAGCGUCCAGAGGCUGCAGAGCUCAGCUGGGCCUGCGGCUGGUCAACGCGGGGGCUCAGCCGGCGCCGACUGUGGCUGCGGAGGCUCGGUGUCCUUCAGCCUGAUCCUGCCCCUGAGGAAAGGAGACCGCGUGGGCCUGGUGAGGACCCGGGGCCAGCUGGCCACCACAGAGGCCAGGGAGAUCCUCUCCACCUACAGCGCCAUCUUCUUGUAUGCGCCACAGGCCAAAAGAUAGCUGGAGCUCAGCUGGGCAGUAACAGCAAAGACUGGUUUGCUCCCAGACAGUUGGACUGGAAGAAAUAUUGAACAAACUAUAGUUUUCACUGAUUUGCUGUGAUGCAGCUAUUUUACCAUGUAGUGCCACUGUGUGAAGAUCCUCAGUUAGAAAUUCAGUUAAGAUGUCAUUAAAUUACAAUUUGUAAGCCAUUUGCCAAAUAUACCUGAAUACAAGAAGCAGGAUUUGUUUCUAAUAUAUUUGAUUAUCAAGUUGCCUUUUUUGUAUCUAUUGUGAAUGUCUUGUGUAUAUAAGUGUUUAUAAAUUAACAUUAAAAUUCAUAAAAUGUAAUUAUUAUUUUAACAAACCCAUCUCAGAGAGUAUACAGUAUGAACAUAUUAGCAGAAUAUAUUAUUACUGAUUAGGCAGUAAGCCAUGUAUGCGCUCACUUCAUCUCGCUGUAAUCUGCACUGUAGAAGGAGAGAAUGACUAAUAAACAUGCACAAGCAACACAAGCUUUUCUUGCUGUUAGACGCUCGGCUGGCUUCAGAAACUAGCCGGAGAAAGACAAGGUUAGAAGGCAUUUUGUGUCAUUACGUAAAGUGGGUGUGGAUGAAAAAUAAAUUUCCCCUCUCUGCACUCCUGAGACUUCGAAAAUAUUCCAAGACCAAACUCCAAGAAGCAAGGGGAGUGUAUUUAGCCUUCAGUUCAGCCACUGUUAGCCCUUAAAGACGAGAAAAACACUGUGAUUUGUGCUAUUCGGUAAACUGAAAUUUGGAAUUACUUGAGGGACUUCGCCUGCAAUAACCUCAUUCAUGUAUUGCUACUUAAAAAAUAAGCAACAGGGUAAAAGUUACUCAUCUAGCCUCUGGUUACUGUUGAACUUGUGUACUCAGGCAGGAGAAAGUGUAGCAGACACAAAAGUAUUCAGUUAGAAACUUUAUUAAAUACAAAUAUGACCACAAGCCACACUUUGUUAGCUUCAUUAGGCCUGUAUUUUCUUUCUUCUUACAAUGUAUUUUGUUCUUUAAACAUACUUUAAACCACAUUUCUAUACAAAUCAAACACAGCAUACACUUAGGGAUUUCUGUUGGUCAGACAAUCAAAAUAGCAAGCAUAACGUCCAAACAGAACGAAACAAACACAGUCCCACAACAGAUCAUACACUUUUUAAGAAGUAAUAAAACAAAAGGCAUCAGAGACAGAAGAAUGUGAUGAUCAGCAUAUAUACUGGAUCACUUUCAACAGCAGUUGAGUGAGAACAAACAAUAUUAUACACCACGUGUCCCAGGAUCAUAGAGGAUGAAGUGUGAUUCUUCCACACAAGAUGCUUCACUUUCAUAGAAAGAAUGGAAUUCAUUUUGUUAAUCAUAAGAUAAAUCUAUUUGACUUCACCAAACGUUGUAGAGAACGAGCAAACAAAUCAAAGCAGAACACGCAUAUUCAUCACAAAAACAUAUGAGCUACAGAGUGAAUGCAUUAACACUUCAGCGAAAUGAUGUUGACUAAUGGAUGUAGCCAUCAUCGCAUAUUGUGCUUUGUUUUUCCCAUUAAAUGGUUUUGUCUGUCAA